CGGGAACUCUUAUACUGCCCAAUGGCUAACAAGGAUUGCUCAGCAUUCUCAGGUAAGUCGUCAAGCGCGCAUAAACAAUUCUUGGAUCUCCAGCGGGUUGAUCAUCCGAGAUGUGAGCCGUUACAUUAAAAAAUCCACUAUGCUGCAUGUUGCAUAACAUGCAAAAGCAAUCACGGGCCAUUGAACAUCCUUGGUUAAUGAUCGUCGAGUUGCGCAACUCGGUUAUACAGGCUAUGUAACAGCAUGGGGAACCCGAGCCGUGCCGAUCCCUCGUACAUUAUCGGGUUGCGUCCCCUUUCAUAGCUUGUUUUCGCGUUCCCAACAAUUGGUUCAUCUUGUUUCCUGCAGACACAAUGGCCGUGCUUAGCUUUGUGAACGUCGCCCUGUUGGGGGCUGGGUAUAUUGCUUUUUGCGGUUUGUGGCAGAUUAUUCGGUAUCGCUUUUUUCAUCCGCUGCGCAAGUUUCCUGGGAAUUUCUGGGGGAGUGUUACGAGGCUUUGGAUCACGUAUCAUAAUGUCAAGGCUGACGAGUGUGCGACGUUUCAAGAGCUUCACAAAAAGCAUGGUAUGAUUGCCCUGACCAGUGAAUGAUGAAGGUAUUCAAACUUUUCAGGACCGAUCAUCAGGAUUACGCCUACAAUGUUGCUCGUCAGCGACGCAACGCAGCUACCCAAGAUUUACAAUCGCCAUGCAAACAAGUCAAAGCACUACAUCACCGGAAGUUUUGGCAAAGACGAGUCCCUCUUCAACAUGCAAGAUUCCGUCAUGCACGCCAAGUACAGAAAGAUUGCAGCGCCACUCUACAGCUUAACCAAUAUCAAGAAGAUGGAGCCCUUGAUUGAUUCCAACAUUGAGAACUGGAUGGCGCGUCUGCAGCGAGAAUUCGCGUCUACCAACAAACCCUUCGACUUUGCGCCUUGGGCUGUGUUCAUGGCCUAUGACAUCAUUUCAGAAGUUGGCUUUGGUGCCCCAUUCGGGUUUGUCAAGGAGGGUAAGGAUGUUGAAGGUCUUAUUCAGGGCUUUCACGAUGGUCUUACGCCCUUUGGUAUCAUGGCGAGGCUGCAUCCUUUCACCAACUGGGUCAAGAGUACUUUUCUGGGCAAAUACAUGGUUGCCAGUCCUGAGCAGGAUUCUGGUAUUGGAACUUUGAUGCGAUUCCGCGAUCGAUUGAUUGAUCAGCGUUUCAAGGAUAUUGAGAAUGGUGCGACAGACGGACGUGUUGACUUACUCCAAACGUUCAUUGAGGCCAAGGAUGAGGACGGCAAUCCCCUGGACAUCAACUACAUCAAAGCUGAGAUUCUUCUUGUCCUUCUCGCCGGCGCUGACACAACCGGAACCGCGUUCCAGGCCAUGAUGAUCCACAUUCUCACCAACCCAUCUGUGUACAAGAAGCUCAUGACUGAGCUUGAUGACGCUACUCUCGCUGGUCAACUCUCCGAGAUGCCUCAGUACGAUGAAGUCGUCGAGAACUGCCCCUACUACAUCGCCUGCGUCAAAGAAAGCAUGCGUCUCAAUCCCUCUGCACCAAACAUCUUCCCCCGCAUCGCUCCACCAGGCGGUCUCGAGAUCUGCGGUCAAUUCGUUCCCGGAGGCACAGAAGUGACUUGCAACCCGUGGCUCGUGCAUCGUGACCCGAACAUCUACGGUGAUGACGCCGAGAUCUUCAAGCCUGAGCGUUGGUUAGAUGAAGACAAGGCCAAGGUUUACAACAAGUACAGUAUGGGCUUUGGUUAUGGUGCUAGAGUGUGUCUAGGCCAGGAUGUCGCGCGCAUGGAGCUUUACAAGGGACCGCUACAGUUCUUGAGGAGCUUCAAGGUUGAAUGGGUUGAUGAGAAGAAUAGAGGAACGUAUGUUGUUAAGGGCGGUGUGAGUUACUUUGAGAACAUGAACAUCACGAUCCAGAGACGAGAAGUCGUGGCAUGAAUUACAUAGCUGCUAGAAAUACAAUCUCAUCAAGCUCUCUACCCUCAUCAACCACCGAAAUGUGCGACUCAUCCUAUUCAACCCCACCAUCUUCACCGAAGGAACCCUCAUGGUCGCACACCCCGCAACCACAUUCCUUUACCUGAACAAAUAGCGACUAAGUGUUAUUUGCAGUUGAUACUUGUGGCCGAGAGCUUAUUCCGGCCCAGAGAACUUAGCGACUAAGCCUCCAGGAUCCUGCUUGACAUUCCACUGUCACCUUAGAAAGUUCAGGUGAAGUCUCUAGAGAGAAUGAAACAAACAUUCAUGACUGUGGUCUCUCUCAAUUUGAAAAGGAUGUCCCGCUCAGUUUUUAUUGCUCCUAUUCAGCAAUGACCGCUUCAAGAUCGAGGUGACCAUUGUCGCCGUUGUCAAGAAAAGUAAAUCAUCUUCCAUAUCUUUUUGUUCGACAAAGGCAAGUACGACGUGGCUGCCAUAUCCCCCUUCUUUAACGUGAAAGUACUUAUUCUCUUGUUCUUCUUUGCCAAGAAUGGCUCUCAAGUUCAGAAUGAGCUCGUCGUAGUUUCGGACAAAGGGCGAGCGAAUUUUGUGUUCGAACCAUUUCUUGCCGCUCUUCAAGAAAAAGGACUCAUUUACUUGACUCAUAUUUCAUGGGAAGCUGUUGGUAUUCUUUUGCCACGAUCGAUGGGCAAAUAAAUGGGAAAAUGGCGGAUUCGAGGUUGUAUGACUUUGGUAUGCCAAGCCGUGAAUGAAUGCUGAGUGGCUGUUACAGGUAAGUUGUAAUAUGAUCAAUGUUUAAUGUUUGGUUGAUUGGUUUGAGGAGGAGACAUGAUGCUCUUAUGUGUUCGGCGUUAGAGAGGAAUAACGGGAUCUAACUUCGAAGAGCGGGAAUUUAAUGCCUCUGCCUGUCAAACCUUGUUAUUUAGUUUUGUUCUCGGGCCGAUCUCCUUCUUCCAUACACACUAAGGUGACCUCAUAACGGCUCUGGCAUGAUAGCUAAGUUAGGAGCGAGAUGUGCGAUUGAUAGAUGAGAACUGUAAGUUAGAGCUUCCAUAGCCUCAGAGAGCUACCACUCAUCUGGAUAGAGGAUUGUUUUAAGCUGAUACACCUG